CCCGGCCUCUGUAGUGAUGCAAAGAUGGCGUCCUCCGUGGCUAUCUGCACAGCACGUUUACUCAACUCUGUAGGAGUGUCUUCUGGCCAACGUCGGGCUUGCUUGCUGCUUGCCUCGGCUAGACAUGGAGAAGCCUGUGCCACGGCGAUCUUGGAGACACAACGGUGCAGGAUAGGGGGCAAUUUUGGAUGUUUGAGACCUGGAAAUGCAGUGACAUUGAGACUCACAGGUGAGAGAGGGAGAACUGUCUGGAGUUGGUGUCAGUAUAAACCUAGGUAAAAGUUUGGUUGCUAUAGAAAGCUAUUUUAUUUGUCAAUCAUUCUGUAAAUGUCGUUGACAUUGUGUUUAUUUAUGUGUUUCAUGUCACGAUCAGACAUUAGACACUUGCUCGGUACUGCUGCAACAACAAUGUACAGUAGCUGGACGUGCAUGAUGUAACUGUCCUCAAUGCUCAAGCACAAAAUUUACAUGACACAAACUACAGUGUCUGCACUGGUAGUUAACUACUAGCUAGCUAGUCCGUACAUCUAGCUAGUACACUUCUAAAUGCAUUCUUCUCAUUCUUCAUUAUUUGUUUAGCUAACGUUAGCUAGCUAUGUCUAACAAACAUGCUAAGUACCAUUACCCAGAAUGCUUUGCUUCAAUACAAGGACAGAAGUUAUGGCUCUUUGACGCAGUUCAUAUCUCCCUCUUCUCACCACAGGACUGAGGUCCCCCCAUGUUGUCAGCAGUAGUCACUCCUUCCACACUAGCUGCUCCUCAGCUAACAAACAGGACUUGUAUGAUGUUCUGGGGGUGCCUCGCUCGGCCACUCAGAAAGAGAUCAAGAAAGCCUACUAUCAGGUGAGAGGGUUGUCUAUUAGGAAAGCCUGCACCUGUAGCUCUGUUGCUGUGUGGGUUGUUGCAGAAAUAUAGGCCUAGACUGUUGUCAUUAUGGAGUUCUACAUGUAUGGAGUUCUAGAAUGUUCAUAAACAUUGAUUCAAACUUCAGUUGUAAACAUUGAAAUAGUACAUGGCCUCGUCUCAUUGGUUCAGUGAAAUUAGCUCGGUAGGCUAUAUAAUACCAUUGGUCUAUCCUAUUACAGAUGGCUAAGAAGUACCACCCAGACACCAACCAGGAUGACCCUCAGGCCAAGGAGAAGUUUGCCAAGCUGGCAGAAGCCUACGAGGUACACACCCUUUGUCGUGCCAGAUCAGGCAGAGACACAUUCAAUUGGUCCCUGGCCUAAUUCUACAAAUUCAAGUCCUGCACGCUUUCGACUGUCCAGAACUUCAAUUUCCAAUAAAUCAAAAGGCUCUGCCAAGCCAGGCAUAGGAUCUGAUGAGGCGCUGAUCCUAGAUCUGUACCUAUUUAAGCAACUUCUACUCUCUUCUAUAUUAUUUGUAGAUGGACAGUGAGACACAACCCCUUAGCAAUGGCUGGGAUAUCGUUCCUGAUAUUGUUCCUGAUAUUGUUCCCCCAAGGUGCUGAGUGACGAGGUGAAGAGGAAGCAGUAUGACACGUACGGGGCGGCAGGCUUCGACCCCGGCCAGGCGGGAGGGGGGGCGGGGGGGCAGCAGUACUGGAGGUCCGGGGGGGCCAGUGUCGACCCAGAGGAAAUGUUCAGGAAGAUCUUCGGGGAGUUCACAGGAGCACGGGGGUUCGGAGACUUUAACAGCAUGUUUGAACAGAGGCCAGAGGUGUGGUUCUAACAGAUGAAUAACCAGGUUAUAACAGGUUUCAUGAUUCAGCAUAGAAUUAGAAUUGGUAGAAUGUAUAAGUUCCAAUCAACAGCAAUGUUACAUGAUUUCAUGUGAAUGUUUAGAGCUUGCUCAGUUAUACAUAUUCAGCCAUAUGUUUUCAUCUGUAACUCUCUUUCUCCCUCUCUCUCCCACUUUAUUACCUCUCCCCCCUUUUUCUCAUGCUAUACCUCCAUCUCUUUACCCUUUUAUUUGUCUCUCCCUCUCUCUCCCCUUUCCUCUCUCUCUCUCUCUGCUUCCCUCCCUCCAUCCCUCUCUCUCUCAGUUUGUGAUGGAGCUGACGUUCACCCAGGCAGCGAAGGGAGUGAACAAGGAGAUGACAGUGAACCUGGAGAAUGCGUGUCAGAGAUGUGACGGUAAAGGCAGUGAGCCAGGAACCAAGGUCCAACACUGUCACUACUGCAACGGCACCGGCAUGGUGAGUGAUGUCAACCAACUGUCACCGUCAGGGACCAGGGCCUGUAUUCACCAAGCGUCUCAGAGUAGGAGUGCUGGUCUAGAAUCAGCCCCCUCCAACUUAUUUAUUAUGAUUUAAAAAACUGAUCCUCGAUCAGAACUGCUACUUUGAGACGCUUUAUGAGUACAGUCCCUGAUGUUUUACAAGGUUGUCUCCACCAUGACCGUAUCCCUUUUAUAAAACAGAAAUCUCAGGGAGCUAGUAGCAAUUGACUUCAGGGCUUACCUUUUUGAUCCACACUCCCAUAACUUAUUAAGACACCUUUAUUAGCUCUAUACUGUCAUAACAGCCAUAUUAAAAAUGUAUGAUCAUCUUAAUGUUAGUCUCUGUGCUGCCCCCUGUAGGAGUCUAUAAACACGGGCCCGUUCAUGAUGCGCUCCACGUGUCGUCGCUGUGGUGGGCGGGGCUCCAUCAUGACCACGCCCUGUGUGAUGUGUCGCGGCUCGGGACAGACCAAACAGAGACAGACCGUCACCGUGCCUGUACCUGCGGGUGAGUGAGAGAGAUAUCUCCAUCCAUCAGGUCAGGCCACGUACAAGGAACCAAUUGUUCAAUGAUAUGAUGAAAAUGCAGAUUGACUACAGACAUGGACUGAUGUGUUUUUAUAUUGUUGUCUUGCAGGAGUAGACGAUGGACAGACUGUACGAAUGCCAGUGGGGAAGAAGGAAAUCCACAUCACAUUUAGAGUAAGUAUGGACAGCAUUGAGCAAGUUGUCUACCCCAGGGUUUCCCAAAGUCUGUCAUGGGGUCCCCCUUGGGUGCAUCUUUGGGUUUUGCUGUAGUACUACACAGCUGAUUCAAAUAACCAGCUCAUCAUCAAGCUUUGAUUAUUUGAAUCAGCUGUGUAGUUCUAGGGGCAAAAACCAAAAUGUGCACCCAGAGGGGCCCCAGGACCCAGUUUGGGAAACCCUGGUCUACCCUUCAAUGAGCUCCCAGACAUGGCAGUUAUACUCCUGUAUGCUUUUGCUUUCUCUUUCGGGGUUUGGGUGCAUAGAUGUCUAAAGUAUUAUUCAUGUCAAUCAAUGUUUGAUUGAUUGUGGUUCUGAUAAUCCAGUUUUGCUUUGGCUGAUCAACCUGAAGCCUUUCUAAUAUUCUUGAGACCUAUCAAAUAUAAAAAACAUUGGGGAAACAAUGUUAUUUUUCUCAUUUGUGAAACACUUAUUAUCACACUGUUAUAUUUGUGUUGGUUCUGAUGGUCCGGUAUCUCCUCUUCUCUCCAGGUCCAGAGGAGUCCAGUGUUCAGACGUGAUGGUAUCAACAUCCACUCUGAUGUCCACAUCUCUGUGGCCCAGGCUAUUCUGGGGGGCUCUGCUAGAGCACAGGGACUCUACAACACCAUAGAUAUACAGGUGAGAGGGACGGGGAGGGGGAGAAAGAGUUAGAUAGAUCUCUGUAGCCCAGGCUAUACUGGGGGGGUUCUGUGGGCAUGUGAACACUGGACAAUUGAGGAGUGGAAAAACAUCGCCUGGAACAUGACAGCUAGUUCAGUUUACUUGAGUGGGCUGCGCAGUCCCUAGACCUCAACCCAAUAGAGCAUCUUUGGGAUGAGAUGGAACGGGAUGUUUGCAGCAUGAAUGUACCGCCAGGCCAAUCUGCAUUAAUUGCGUGAUGCCAUCGUGUCAGCAUGGACCAACAUCCUUGUGGAACGUUUCUGACACCUUGUAGAAUACCCCGAAGAAUUCAGGCUGUUCUGGAGGCAAAGGGGGGGUCUACAGGUGAGGGGGGGGCUGAGGGAGUGAGGGAAGGGGGAUGGAAGGAGAGAGAAAUAAGUUGUUUUCUGCCCGGGCACAGGGACUGUACAACAGUAUAGACAUCCAGGUGAGGGAGGGAGGUAAAGAGGAACUGUAUCCCUGACUAUUGAAUGUAUCUAUAUGAAAUAUUUCAAUGUUUGGGUGUAAUUCUGUUCAGCAUGUAUUACAUUACCACAUCUUUCAAUCUGGUAACCAUCUGGAAAUAUUACAUUAGAUACAUGUUACAUUGACCCUAGUCAAUCUGGCAACCAACUGGAAAUAAUACAUUAGAUACAUGUUACACUGACCCUAGUCAAUCUGGCAACCAUCUGGAAAUAAUACAUUAGAUACAUGUUACACUUACCCUAGUCUUGCUUGCCCAAGCUGAUGGGUCUACUUGGCUUGUGUUGCUAGACUCACUGGCAGAUGUGAAAAGAGGCUGGAUUGACCGAACCACUGCCCUUUGUUUUGUAGAUCCCUCCGGGUUGCCAGGCGGACCAGAAGAUCCGUCUGCAGGGAAAGGGGAUCCAGAGGAUGAACAGCUAUAGUUAUGGAGAUCACUACGUUCACAUCAAGAUCAGAGUACCAAAGUAAGAGUAAAAGAGAAAGAACACACACAAAUCAACUUUUAUUAGUCGCAUACAUAGAUUUGCAGAUGUUAUCGAAGUUGAAGCGAAAUGCUUGUGUUUCUAUCUCCAACAGUGCAGUAAUACCUAGCAAUACAAUAUAAAGAUGUAUACAACGGGUGGGUCUAAUGCUGAUUGGUUAAAACCGCAUUCCAGUGUCUAUUCCACAAGUUACCACUGGCUAAAUCUAUAAAGUUAAAAUGCCUAUUUACUCUGCUCCAUCUGACUGCGCAAUCCACUGUCUCAUCAGCCCAGCCAGGCAAUUUAUAAACUUGAUCUCAACUAUAAAAAGCAUCUAGACAUUAUCUCACAUUUAUUUUAGACUAACACCAUGCUGUCUGUCUCUCCAACAUUUGCAACAUGGUUUCAAUAUUCAAAUUCAAUCUCCAGCUGUCCCAUAGUAAUGAACGUGUUGGGAGUCGGGAUGAGACAGACAGGCAGGCAGCGUUUCUCAGCCAGUCGAAAUCAUUUUUAUGGAUAUAUACAAAGAAAUGUCAAUAGAAAAAAGGUACAAUGAAACGGAGUGCAGCUAGUUUGCAAUCUUUCCUGCUUCAGUUUGAAGUGAUUGCGUUAGUUGUGUUGUUGGCUAUCUCCUCUGAACAACAGUAUCCUGACGAGUGAGCACAUUUUCUGUGUCAGGCGAAAUCGUGCCUCAUUAGCUCAUUGUUAUGGAUGUCUACAAAUAAAUGUCACUAGAAAACAGCUUAAACAAACACAAAUGCAGCUACUUUAAUGUUAUUCUGGCAGCACUUUUUGACAUGACUAAGUUAGCCGUAGUUAGCUAGCUAGCAAGCAAGGGAUAAGAACGUUGCCAGCCAGUAUGGCAAUGGAACAUGUAGAACAAACGACUGGGUCGCGUCCAUAGAUACAGAACAAAGAGACUGAAGGACUGGAUCGCGUCUCUAGCAACCGAACCGAUAGAACGAACGACCAGCCGGCUUAGGUAGCAACCCUAGAUUUGUGUCGGGACUAUAUCUUGUGGAGGGAUGAAAUAGUAUGAAUAGAUUAAUCAAAAUAACGUUUUUAAUGAAAAUAUGUCAAUCAUUAUUUGAAUACAGUGGGGGAAAAAAGUAUUUAGUCAGCCACCAAUUGUGCAAGUUCUCCCACUUAAAAAGAUGAGAGAGGCCUGUAAUUUUCAUCAUAGGUACACGUCAACUAUGACAGACAAAAUGAGAAAAAAUAUCCAGAAAAUCACAUUGUAGGACUUUUAAUGAAUUUAUUUGCAAAUUAUGGUGGAAAAUAAGUAUUUGGUCAAUAACAAAAGUUUCUCAAUACUUUGUUAUAUACCCUUUGUUGGCAAUGACACAGGUCAAACGUUUUCUGUAAGUCUUCACAAGGUUUUCACACACUGUUGCUGAUAUUUUGGCCCAUUCCUCCAUGCAGAUCUCCUCUAGAGCAGUGAUGUUUUGGGGCUGUCGCUGGGCAACACAGGCUUUCAACUCCCUCCAAAGAUUUUCUAUGGGGUUGAGAUCUGGAGACUGGCUAGGCCACUCCAGGACCUUGAAAUGCUUCUUACGAAGCCACUCCUUCGUUGCCCGGGCGGUGUGUUUGGGAUCAUUGUCAUGCUGAAAGACCCAGCCACGUUUCAUCUUCAAUGCCCUUGCUGAUGGAAGGAGGUUUUCACUCAAAAUCUCACGAUACAUGGCCCCAUUCAUUAUUUUCUUUACACGGAUCAGUCGUCCUGGUCCCUUUGCAGAAAAACAGCCCCAAAGCAUGAUGUUUCCACCCCCAUGCUUCACAGUAGGUAUGGUGUUCUUUGGAUGCAACUCAGCAUUCUUUGUCCUCCAAACACGACGAGUUGAGUUUUUACCAAAAAGUUCUAUUUUGGUUUCAUCUGACCAUAUGACAUUCUCCCAAUCCUCUUCUGGAUCAUCCAAAUGCACUCUAGCAAACUUCAGACGGGCCUGGACAUGUACUGGCUUAAGCAGGGGGACACGUCUUGCACUGCAGGAUUUGAGUCCCUGGCGGCGUAGUGUGUUACUGAUGGUAGGCUUUGUUACUUUGGUCCCAGCUCUCUGCAGGUCAUUCACUAGGUCCCCCCGUGUGGUUCUGGGAUUUUUGCUCACCGUUCUUGUGAUCAUUUUGACCCCACGGGGUGAGAUCUCGCGUGGAGCCCCAGAUCGAGGGAGAUUAUCAGUGGUCUUGUAUGUCUUCCAUUUCCUAAUAAUUGCUCCCACAGUUGAUUUCUUCAAACCAAGCUGCUUACCUAUUGCAGAUACAGUCUUCCCAGCCUGGUGCAGGUCUACAAUUUUGUUUCUGGUGUCCUUUGACAGCUCUUUGGUCUUGGCCAUAGUGGAGUUUGGAGUGUGACUGUUUGAGGUUGUGGACAGGUGUCUUUUAUACUGAUAACAAGUUCAAACAGGUGCCAUUAAUACAGGUAACGAGUGGAGGACAGAGGAGCCUCUUAAAGAAGAAGUUACAGGUCUGUGAGAGCCAGAAAUCUUGCUUGUUUGUAGGUGACCAAAUAUGUAUUUUCCACCAUAAUUUGCAAAUAAAUUCAUUAAAAAUCCUACAAUGUGAUUUUCUGGAAUUUUUUUUCUCAAUUUGUCUGUCAUAGUGGACGUGUACCUAUGAUGAAAAUUACAGGCCUCUCUCAUCUUUUUAAGUGGGUGGCUGACUAAAUACUUUUUUUCCCCACUGUAUGUUGGUACCUGUUGUAUAAAAGUGAUAAUGCCCAAGAAGCUGGUGUUUGGAGGAUAUAUUGGCACGGUUUGCCGGCCCGAGACGAACAACACCCAUGCCAAUAUAUCCUCCAAACACCGGUUUCGAGAGCAUUAUCACUGAAAUAUGAGCAGGCUAUUAUAUUGUGGCAAACACAGCAUUAGGCCUAGAUAUUAUAUUGUGGCAAACACAGCAUUAGGCCUACAGUUGGAACAUAAUUUGUCCAGAGAGCACCAAUUAAAAAGACGGAUCGAAUUUAAUGAAAAUGUCAGAAUUAAAGAAAAGGUUUUGCAUAUUUAAAAAAACUGGUUUUGUUUAAUAAAUAGGCUUACAAUAAUAACCAUGAUUAAUAAUACGAAUUAUUAUAAAUCAAUGUAUGUUUGAAAAUUGCAUCCUACCUGAAUAGGGAUUUGCACAGUAGCCUGCAUUUGGAUGCUCCAAAGGCCUUCUCAUCUUAGUCCUCUACAAUAUUAAAUAUUAUAUUAAACUGAUGAUAGACAGCCUCUCCUGGACAAUUUGGCCAGCUAUGAUUUUAUCGUCUUUAUAUUUUGUUGGGGGGCCAAAAGCUGGCAACUAGGCCUACCAGUGUAAACAUGUAGUGCACAUAAAAAGAACUUGAGGUUACAUUCCCAUGUACCAAAUAAAAAAUGUAUGGGUUUCCAUUGCAUUUUCAACUCUAGGCCUACUGAUGGUUUUGUCACUAAAAAUGUUGCGCAAAGGCAUAGCGAAUGUGCCCACUCUGGUAUUAACACUAACAACACCCAUGCCAAUAUAUCCUCCAAACACCAGCUUCUCUGGCAUUAUCCCUGAAACAUAAUACACACAUAAUCUGAUAGGAACUAAACUCAGCAAAAAAAGAAGCGUCCUCUCACUGUCAACUGCGUUUAUUUUCAGCAAACUUAACAUGUGUAAAUAUUUGUAUGAAGAUACCAAGAUUCAAUAACUGAGACAUAAACUGAACAAGUUCCACAGACAUGUGACUAACAGAAAUUGAAUAAUGUGUCCCUGAACAAAGGGGGGGUCAAAAUCAAAAGUACCAGUCAGUAUCUGGUGUGACCACCAGCUGCAUUAAGUACUGCAGUGCAUCUCCUCAUGGACUGCACCAGAUUUGCCAGUUCUUGCUGUGAGAUGAUACCCCACUCUUCCACCAAGGCACCUGCAAGUUCCCUGACAUUUCUGGGGGGAAUGGCCCUAGCCCUAACACUCCGAUCCAACAGGUCCCAGACGUGCUCAAUGGGAUUGAGAUCCGGGCUCUUCGCUGGCCAUGGCAGAACACUGACAUUCCUGUCUUGAAGGAAAUCACGCACAGAACGAGCAGUAUGGCUGGUGGCAUUGUCAUGCUGGAGGGUCAUGUCAGGAUGAGCCUGCAGGAAGGGUACUACAUGAGGGAGGAGGAUGUCUUCCCUGUAACGCACAGCGUUGAGAUUGCCUGCAAUGACAACAAGCUCAGUCCGAUGAUGCUGACAAACCGCCCCAGACCAUGACGGACCCUCCACCUCCAAAUCGAUCCCACUCCAGAGUACAGCCUUCGGUGUAACGCUCAUUCCUUCGACGAUAAACGCGAAUCCGAUCAUCACCCCUGGUGAGACAAAACCGUGACUCGUCAGUGAAGAGCACUUUUUGCCAGUCCUGUCUGGUCCAGCAACGGUGGGUUUGUGCCCAUAGGCGAUGUUGUUGCCGGUGAUGUCUGGUGAGGACCUGCCUUACAACAGGCCUACAAGCCCUCAGUCCAGCCUCUCUCAGCCUAUUGCGGACAGUCUGAGCACUGAUGGAGGGAUUGUGCGUUCCUGCUGUAACUCGGGCAGUUGUUGUUGCCAUCCUGUACCUGUCCCACAGGUGUGAUGUUCGGAUGUACUGAUCCUGUGCAGGUGUUGUUACACGUGGUCUGCCACUACGAGGACGAUCAGCUGUCCAUCCUGUCUCCCUGUAGCGCUGUCUUAGGCGUCUCACAGUACGGACAUUGCAAUUUAUUGCCCUGGCCACAUCUGCAGUCCUCAUGCCUCCUUGCAGCAUGCCUAAGGCACGUUCACGCAGAUGAGCAGGGACCCUGGGCAUCUUUAUUUUUGUGUUUUUCGGAGUCAGUAGAAAGGCCUCUUUAGUGUCCUAAGUUUUCAUAACUGUGACCUUAAUUUCCUACCGUCUAAGCUGUUAGUGUCUUAACGACCGUUCCACAGGUGCAUGUUCAUUAAUUGUUUAUGGUUCAUUGAACAAGCAUGGGAAACAGUGUUUAAACCCUUUACAAUGAAGAUCUGUGAAGUUAUUUGGAUUUUACAAAUUAUCUUUGAAAGACAGGGUCCUGGAAAAGAAGACAGGGUCCUUUUUUUUGUUGCUGAGUUUAGAAACAGGGUGAUCGUGUCUGUUGGUGCCAUCUUGCGGAGAGUCUGUCUCACAGACGUUAACAGACACAUUCACUUAACACUGUUGUCUAGCUAGCAUGGUUUGGUGUGACCACUGUUUUGAUUUGUUCAUGGUUAGAAUAGAGUGUUCCAACCCUCUUGUCUUCUACCGCUGUAGGAAGUUAACCCAUAGACAGCGCUCCCUGCUCCUGAGCUAUGCAGAGGAAGAGACUGACGUGUUGGGGACUGUCAACGGAGUUACUGCUACUACCACAGGUAGGUUGUUUUUACCUGGGAAUUAUACUAUAUAGUUCCACAUCCAGAUCACCUUGUCUUUCUCCUGCCAGUGCUAGCCUGUCCCCUCUCAACACACACACACACUUUAAAUACUUUACUUAAUCUACAAAUCACAUUACUGCAAAGAAGGAUUCAAACAUUUCAAACACUGUCACACACACACACGCCAAGCACAUACACACACAUGUUAAAACAUGAUGUAAACAUGGGUCAUAUUUUGGCUGAUUCAUAUAGUACCUGUUUUUGUCCAGGUGGGGGCAGGAGUGGUCAGCGCUCUGAGUCUGGGUCAGGACAGGACAGAACAGAGGGGCAGGAGAAGAAGAAGAAAGAGGAGGAGGGCAUCCUUUCCAAAAUAAAGAACAUCUUUAUCUGACAGCCACACCUCAGGUAGGACCCCCCAAACCCUUUAACGUUAGCUGUGUAAUGAGUAUUUGUCUGAUUACAACAUGAAUACUAUACUGUCAGGACACACACUCUAACAGAUCAUUUCUCCCACCUGCAUUGUGGCUGUCCUAUAGUAUAGUGGUUCCCAAACUGUGGGGCGCGCCCCCUCUAGGGGUCGUCAGGGAGGGCGCGGGUAUAUAUCACAUGAAUACACAUUAGACACGGCAAAAUGAAUAGAAUUGCAAGAAAAUUAGCUUUAAAACUGCAAAAUGUUGUUUGCACCCCAUGACAAAAUGUGUAGAAUUGCAGGAAAUAAGCUUUAAACCUGCAAAACCUCCACCAACAAGAGGGGUGUGAACAGUUUGUGUCAUGAACAGUGCUUGUGCCCAUAGAAAUAGACGUUGCACACUCACGCACGCUGUGGGGGGCGCGUGGUAUUCCCUAAUGCUGGGGCCCCAGAGGGAAAAAAUGUGGGAACCCCUGCUAUAGUAGAUAAUACCUGCUGCUAAUUCCUCUCCUCAGGCCUAUUCUAUAGAACCAGCCUCACACCUGUCUCCCACCCCUACCAUUAACCCUGACCAAAACAGUCACCCCAUGAAGAGUUUCUCUGACCCCUAUUUUUCAUCUCCUCUCCCCAGGUAAGAGAUCAACAGGACCAUAAUGGGAGAAGGUAAGCUACUGGCCCUCUGUCCCGCUCACUACCCUCCCUCACCUACCGCCUGGAUAGAGGGAGAGAGAAAGAGGGGAUGGGGGUUUGGAUGUAUCGAAAGGACAUCCAUUUAGACACAGAACGAGCCACCAAGAAAGCCAAGCCCAGCCACACACGGUUCAGUCCCAAAUGACACAGGUGUUGGGUUGAGAAAAUAAUAACUUGUUUUACCUGGAGGGGAUUCAAAAUGGACACCAGCAAGUACCUGCCUGUUGGCAAGGAAUAGAGGAGAAGAUUAGCGGAGAGAAGCGAGGAGGAGAGAAGAAGCGAAGAGGAGAGAAGAAGCGAAGACAAUUUCAGCAAGCUCUUCACAAUGAGUGUUUUAGAUGCACACAUUUCUGCACAGAUGAUCAGGGCCUGUAUUCAGAGUAGGAGUGCUGAUCUAGGAUCAGUUUCCCCUUGUCCAUUGAUUUUAAUCUAAGAGGCAAAACUGAUCCCAGAUCAGCAUUCCU